AUGGUUCAAGAUUGCAUAGAGUUUGUUAAAAAGUGUGAAGCAUGUCAAUUUCAUGUAAACUUCAUUCACCAGCCUCCGAAACCACUACAUCCAACUGUGACAUCAUGGCCAUUCGAGGGACGGGGUCUUGACGUGGUUGGUCCGAUCACACCAACGUCAUCUGGUGGUCACGCUUAUAUACUGGCUGCCAUUGAUUACUUUUCUAAGUGUGCUGAAGCUAUUCCCCUUCGUGAGGUGAAAAAAGAAAAUGUUGUCGAUUUCAUUUGCACCCAUAUCAUUUAUAGGUAUGGAAUUCCUCAAAGAAUUGUCACUGACAAUGGAAAGCCAUUCGCCAACAACUUGAUGGAUAGCCUUUGCCAAAAUUUCAAGUUCACGCAACAUAAGUCAUCCAUGUACAAUGCUUUUGCAAAUGGUCUAGCUGAAGCAUUUAACAAAACGCUUUGUAAUUUUCUAAGCAAGUUCGUUGCAAAGUCUAAGCGUGACUUGCAUGAAAAGAUAGGGGAAGCACUUUGA